AUGCCCAUGAAGAAGAAGCCAGUAGUGACUCCUAGGAAAAGUAGUAGGCUAGCUUCUAAGGGAAAACGUCCAGUGGUUGGUUUGGAUGAUGACUCUUCCUCACACACAACCCUUGAGCCACAAAUUACUACACCUCCCUCUCUAAAACCGGCCACACCACCUACCCAGCACAUACCAUCACCUCUACCUUCACCUAUUCCUUCUACACCUCCACCAACAACUGCUACACCUGCUUCACCACACCCACACACUUCACCAGGCCUUGGUUUUGCAGCUUUCUCUAAUCCUUCCUCAGUUCCUACAAGCUGCAGCUACUUUAGACCCUGUCCUCAACAAGCUCCAAGAUCUUUAGUCCCACUUACUCAAAUGAAAGCACGUCUAGGUGCUACACGUCUAGGUGCUGAGCUGGAUAUAGUUGAGGUGCAGACCGAAUAUGUGGACGAAGAAGACCACCCUGCUGCCUGA